AUGGCGAAUGGCAUGGCAGGCCAUGAGCACGACUUCUACGUCUACGUGAGCGAGUCCAGCUGGCUCAACACGCCGGGCACGGGCGGGACCGAGUACAGCUCCUUGAACGAGGGGCUGCCGUACUGGUUCAACGGACUGGUGCCGCUGGCAUAUCAGCUCGACGACGACAGGCUCAAGGCGCAGGUUCAGGAAGUUGCAGAUACCGUCUUGGGGUUCCAGGCCACUGACGGAUGGAUCGGGCCAGAGGUGGGCGAUGCCAGAAACUUUUGGGCUCGCACUCCCUUCUUUCUUGGCUUGACGCAGCUUGUCGAAGCGGAUAGCUCGUGGGAGACCCGAGUCAUAACGGCGCUCCGUCGCUUCAUGACGCUGGCCAACAAGAUGCUCCGCAACAACAGUCAGGGAUUUGCAAGCUGCCCUGGAAACGUCGACUGCACUUGGGGACAGGCGCGUGUGCACGAUCUCAUCAUCACGAUUCAGUGGAUGCUGGAAAAGUAUCCAUCCGACCAGGAUUCACUAUUGUGGGACAAUAUGAAUCUGUUUUACUCUCAGACGAACUACAAGUGGGCGGAUUGGUAUACCGAGGGCGUAUUCCAGGAGGUGGUGAACCCUAAUAAUGCCUCCAACUUUCCAUAUAUCCACGGAGUUAAUGUCGGCCAAGGCUUAAAGGCAUCUACCGUCAUCUACAGAGUGACAGGGGACGAUGAUAUGAUUACCAAAAGCCAGAAUGCCGUCGAAUGGACAUUUCAAUAUCACGGCUCAGCUUCUGGAUCCAUCCUUGCCGACGAGAGGGAGCGCGAUUUGGCCCCUUACAUCGGAAGCGAACUUUGCACAGCCGUUGAGACAUCUUACUCCUUGGCCUACAUGUAUCAAGUCCUUGGGUAUAACUCGUAUGCCGAUCGUGCUGAGAGGACUAUUUUCAACGCGUUUCCCGUGAUGAUGACUGGCGAUAAAUGGUCUCACCAAUACAUGGACCAGCCGAAUCAACCGUCUGCCCUCAACAUCAUCAGGAGCGACGGUAGCGUGCCCCAGGUCUUUACCACGGCAAAUAGCGGCGUGGCUACAACGUUUGGCAUGGAGCCUCUUUACCCCUGCUGCACGGUGAAUCAUCCUCAAGGAUAUCCCAAGUUUGUGUCCAAUAGCUGGGUGUCGCACGCGGGUGGUCUGGCGCAUGCUCUUCUUGGCCCAUCAACAGUGAAGACGGUUGUCAACGGAGGUUCGGUCACAAUUACAUGCGACACAAACUAUCCCUUCAGCAACGUUCUCAAGUACUCCAUCAAUGCGGACAAGGCUUUCACUCUAUACCUGCGGGCGCCUGAGUGGUCCAAUAACCGGAUGUCUACCGUGUCUCAGUCUGGCGCGUCUUCGUCACGCCUCACCCUUGAUGCCGACCCGACGACGGGCAUGGCCAAGAUCUUUGUCAAUCCCGGAAAGACUACCAUCACAUACAUCAUCGUUGCCGGAGUAAGGACGGAACAAAGGCCAAACAACAGUGUUGCCGUCUUUUAUGGCAACUUGCUCUAUGCCUUAGAUGUUGGCUUCUCCCAGACUUCGUCUCUGCCACACGCAUAUUAUGAUCCCAGUGGCGCUGGGAUUUCUGGCUUGCCCUUCUCUCAGCUGCGAGAUUACUACGUCAACAGUACUAAGCCGUGGAACGUCGCAAUCGAUCCCUCGACAAUUCAGUAUCAUGGUGUGAGCAGCAACGCUACUCUCCCGGAUCCCAUCUUUGAGCAGGGCGCGCCGCCGAACUAUAUGACUGUUGAUGGUUGCCAAAUCAACUGGCCGCUGUAUCUUGGAGUGACGCCUGACGUGCCGCCUCUCAACAGGAAAUGUAUCGGGGCGAGGAAGUCGUAUAAGCUGGUGCCGUAUGGAGGGGCAAAGGUGCACAUGUCGGAUUUACCAACAGUCAAGUUUUAA